AUGAGGUCGCUGUUCGUGGCAGCGCUGCUGCUGGCUGCCGUCUGUGGAGCCGCUUGCGCGUCCACCAACACCCCUGGCGGCCUGAGCCGCGAGGAGACCCCGCAGUUCGUCCUGCUCUCGCACGACGAUGCCAUCAAGGGCCCCACCUACGGCAUGAUGACUGGCCUGACCGCCGGCAAGGUCGCCAACAACUGCCCCAUUGCCGCCACCAUGUUUCUGCUGGACAAGGGCAACAGCUGCAGCAAGGCCAAGGAUCUCUACAACCAAGGCUAUGAGCUGGCUGUGCACGCCAUCACACAUGACUCGUUCCUGCCCAAAAGCAAGGAUGAGAUCGCGGAGCAGAUCGUGGGCGGGCGCCAGCAGAUGGCAGACUGCAUCGGCAUCUCUGCCGGCGAGAUGAUGGGGGCGCGUGCGCCUUUCCUGGAGAUCAAGCCAGAGGUGUGGGAGGUGCUGAGCGAGAACGGCUUCCUGUACGACAGCUCCCUCAUCGAGAACACCAAGGGCAAGAGCAUCUCAAACGGCAUGGGCGACCGCGUGUGGCCCUGGGACCUGGGCGAGGGCUUCCCCCAGAACUGCGACCUGUACCAAAGCUCUCAGAAGUGUAGUGGGUCCUACCCGGGCCUGAAGGAGGUGCCGCUCUGGGACCUCAGCGCAUACGGCGGCACGUUCACCAUGGACUAUGGAGACGACCCGUACGGCGGCGGUGGCUCCAACGGCAACGUGCUGGGCACCCUGAUGGCCAACUUUGAGGAGUCUUACAACGGCAACCGCGCCCCCUUCCCGCUCUUCAUCCACUCCGAAUACCUGGAGGGCAACAAGGGGGAUGUGGAGGCCUUCAUCGACGAGGUGUCCCAGCGAGAGGGCGUCUACUUCAUCACCAUCCGCCAGCUGCUGGCCUGGAUGAGCAACCCCAUCCCACUGCAGCAGCUGACGCCCGAGGCGCUGGGCUGCGGCAACCCGGGCGGGGCGCCAGGCACUGGCGAGCCCGCAGAGCCCAUCCUGGAUGAGUUCCCAGCUGAGGUGGACACCCCCCCGGAGGACGAGGAAGAGGGCGGCGACGCCGAGGAUGAGCCAGAGGAGGAGGCCUCGCAGGAGGAGGACGCCGAGAUUGAGGGCGAGAUUGAGGGUGAGGAGGAGGUGCUGGAUGAGGAGGUGGACGAGGAGGUGGCUGAGGAGGAGAUUGUAGUUGAUGAGGAGCAGCCUGAGGAGGAGGAGGAGAUUGAGGAGGUGCUCGAGGAGGAGCCGGUGGAAGAGGAUGGCGAGGGCGACGACGAGGGCGAGGGAGAGGAGGUGGUUGUGAUGACUCGCCGCAUGCUGCGCGCCUGA